AUGAGCUCUAAUAAUAACGAAAAUGAUGAUUUGAAGGAAAUAUGGUCAUUAUUCCAGGACAGUCCUGAAGAAAUUCAACAGAAGCGCCAACAAAUAACAAAGGCUAUUAAUUCAAACAACAAGUCAUUUCCAAGUCAAAUUUCAAUCGUCACAGCUUUUGAUGAGUUGUUACUGUGCUUUGCUUUAGGGGGUCAGGUUAAAAAUUAUUACAGGUACGGUUCGUAUUCAACAUGCGCAGAACAGAGGGAGAAAGUUUGGUUUGCUUUGAAGAAUGGGACAUUUUCAAGUAACUUAACCGAAGAAAUUGACUAUGAUACUAGUCCCAAAGAAUUAGAAAAAAGACAAAACGUACAAGCAUUUUUUAAGAGAAGAUUAUUGGAAGAGAAGGCUAAAGGAAGUUCAGAAGACAUAUGGGAUGCUAGAGAAAAACCACUAAACCAACCAUUCAAGGAGUAUAAGUAA